AUGGCUCCAAAAUUAAAGUUUACAGAAGGUGAAAAAGUGUUAUGCUUUCACGGACCACUGAUUUACGAAGCAAAAUGUCUAAAGAGCUCUGUAACUAAAGAUAAACAUGUUCGAUAUCUAAUACAUUACGCCGGAUGGAAUAAAAAUUGGGAUGAAUGGGUACCGGAAAGUCGAGUACUAAAAUACAAUGAAGCUAAUGUCCAGAGACAGAAGGAAGUGCAAAGAGCACACUCUGCUCAGCCAGCCAAAACUAAAAAAACACCAGCUAAGGGACGAAAAUCUGAACCUGCCAAUACAACGCCAGCCCGUGAAGAAUCUAGAGCUUCAACACCUGCUGGCAAAGAUGUAGAAACAAUUUCGACAUCAUCAAAGAAGAAUCAAAAUAAAGAUCCACCAGCGGAUUCUGGAUCAGAUCAACCAAAAAAGAAGCGAGGUAGACUGGACCUAUCAAUAGAAACAGAGGAGCAGUACCUAGCAAAGGUAGAAGUAAAAAUCAAGAUACCGGAAGAAUUGAAAGUAUGGCUCGUAGACGACUGGGACGUUAUAACUAGACAACAGAAGCUGGCUAUCCUACCUGCAAAAUUGACAGUAUCACAAAUAGUUGACAACUACUUAGCAUUUAAGAAAUCGAGCAAACUACACAACCAAGCAAAAGAAUCUGUUCUGGUAGAUAUAACAGAGGGUAUCAAGGAGUAUUUUAAUGCUACACUUGGUUCACAACUGCUAUAUAAAUUUGAGAGGCCUCAGUACAGUGAAAUUUUACAAGAGUACCCGGAUACACCUAUGUCACAAAUAUAUGGUUCUAUACAUUUGUUGAGGUUGUUCGCUAAGAUGGGACCGAUGCUCGCUUAUACAGCGUUAGAUGAGAAAUCCUUGCAACAUGUUCUAACUCACAUCCAAGAUUUCCUCAAAUACAUGGUGAACAACCGCUCAACACUCUUCAAUUUGCAAGAUUAUGGAAACGCGACGCCCGAAUAUCACAGGAAAAUUCAAUAG